CAAGGGAGGCUAACGUUGAUGACUUGGAUUUGCAGUUGUUGCUACCAAAAAAGUUAGGGAAGUCAAGUUUAACAUCGUUUGGGAAGAAAUUUGAUGAUGAGCGGAUAGUUCUGUCAUUGUACUUUACAAAUAAUACUUCAAUAGAUCUAGAAUCUAUCAAGGAGUAGACCUUAGAGCAUAAUUGUUGGUGAAUGCACAUAAAAUAUCGUGCUAGGCCCUCGCCUUAUUUCUGUUUCUGUCUUACCAUCUUGUUUACUAUUGAGCAGUUCAAUUCACAGGGUGUUUGUGGGAGUAACCUGCCUGCUUCGAAGCACGAGCUUGUAAACAUUGUGGUUGAUGAGAAAGACUUAUAGUUAUCCACUUUACAUGCGAGGAAACUAUUUCUGAGACGUAGGAAGCAAGAAAGAUGGCUACGACUUUGUUGGAUACAACCAACUUUCCAAUUUAUGCUAUCAACAUUUUGAGCGAAGAUCACUUUGUGGUUGCUGGAGGAGGAGGUGCAUCAAAAACUGGAAUACCAAACGCAUUUGCAUUUUACAGGAUCUGUAAGGAUGGCAAAAAGCUCAAGGCAGUCAAAAUCCAUCAACAUGAAGCCCACAAACAGGCCAUUAUGAACAUGGAUGUAAAUUUAAAACAUAAAACGUUUGCUGCAGGAAUGGACAACUUUUGUAGAUUGUAUAGGUUUUCUAUAGAAGAUAAGAAGAGAAAGGAAAGUAUAGAAUCAAAAGUUACUGUCAAAGAAUCUGCUUGCCAAGAAACUGCUGUUGGAGGUGAUGAUGAUGAUGCAGAGUAUCAGAAAUGUGUGAGAUUUAGCCUUGAUGGGGAUUUAAUUGCUACAGCUAGCAGCGAAGGGCAAGUGAAAAUUUUGAAGCAUCCAGACCUGUCAGUUGUCCAUGAUAUCAAAGCUCACAAGACAGACAUUGAUGAGAUUGAUUUUCACCCAAAUUCAAAAAAGUUUGUGACAGUUUCACGAGAUGGAACAGCCUAUUUAUGGAAUACAGAUAGUGGGAAGAGAGACAUCCAGCUACAUUUCUCUGCUGGUCAUGAAGACGAAAAUAUCUUCAGAUUUAGGAACUGCAAGUUUUCAUUGAAUAUGGACAAAAAGGAAUCAUACCUUUACACAACUCACGUUCAGGCAAAAUUCACAAAAAAUUCACCCAAGUUGCCAAAUUACCUGGUUUCUUGGGAUAUGAAAAAGUGCAUUCCAAAGAUGUAUGUUGCUAUCAAAAAACACGUCAUCACACAGUUGGCUGUUAGCCCAAAUGGAAGAUACAUUGCUCUUGGCACCGCAGAUGGUUCAAUAUUGGUUUAUAUUGCUUGGAACUUAAAGCUGCUUCGCGAAAUUCCUGAAGUCCACAACAUUUUCGUAACAGGCUUAGCCUUUCUCCCAGAGACGAAAACAAUUUACGAUGAUUUAAAAUUAGAUGUUGCUCUCCUCAGCGUAUCCGUUGACAACACCUGUCACCUGACAACAGUUGCUAGAAGAAGUGAAUAUUCAUUUUCAUUCCUCCUGUUUGCUUUUGUAUCUUUAAUAUGUUUAUUAUUUUUCAUAAUGGCUCACUAUGAUAUUAAUCUAUAGAAUAUGAUUUGGAAAGAAAACUUAGCCGAAGUGAAUAUUAAUGUAUUACGUAGCGCUGUAAUGAAUUAGUAAUUUGGACUAAAAA